AUGAUCGGACAACUGCCGAUCGUGGUGGCAGUUAUCCUGGUCAUUAUUUUAGUCAUACUGUGGUCAAGUAAAAGGAAGCAAAAGAAGGAGAAAAAAGGAAGAUCCUUAGUGGAUAUGAUACUUGGAAGGCUGAAAAUUGUCAUUGGCUUUUACCAAGUCACUGAUGGACUGCUAGAGACAUUUUCCUAUAUUAAAUGGCCAGAUUCUCUUUCUGCCAUUGGAAAAUAUUCGGAGAUGAUACAGCUUAAUGUAUUUCAGAUUGCCCCUCUUCAUUGCAUCUUUCCUGAAUUGAAGGUCAAUGCUUUUAAGAGCUUGUUUGCAGUCCUUGCAAUGAAUGCCACAGCCAUCAUUGUUGCGAUUCUCGUUUAUUGUUUACGAAAGCUUCUACUCCAACGGAGUGCUUCCUCCAAAGAAGAAAAGUUAAAUAAAUCUUCUCAAACGAAAGAGCUGAUCUUGAGAAACCUGUUUUUCUUCCUGUACGUGACAUAUCUCAGUACCUGCUCCAAAACAGCUAGUGUGCUUCCCCCAACUUGCCGUCUGCUUUGUUCGGACAAAACGAAAACCCACUGUCAAACGUUUCUUAAGACUGACUACAGUAUCGACUGUGAGAGUACAGACUACAGUCGAUCAGUCAUCGUUGCCUACAUUGCAGUCGCUUACAUACUACUUUUUCCCACAGCAUCACUUAUAGCUCUCUGGAAAGCGCGAUUGACCGUUACAAGUCAGAAUGAAAUGGAAGACGAGCAUCAAAAUCCUGAUAUCGAAGUGAAAAGCAGCGAAGUCAGCACAGGCUUGCGAUUCCUUUUCGAAAACUACCACCCGCGCUCGUGGUACUGGGAGCUGGUCGACACAGUAAGGAAGUUGAUCCUCACGUCAGGUCUCAUCCUGGUUGGUGGUGAAAGCAGGGCAUAUGUCGGACUGGCGUGCGUCAUGUCAGGACUCUAUGGAAUGUUUUUUGCCUAUGUCAGCCCCACUGUGGACCCAUUCGAGAACAGACUAAUGCUGAUAUCUCUUGCUGUGACCUUUGUAAACUUGGGAAUAGGAGCUGUGAGUAAAAUUAACAGCGAGAACAUUCCUGCCUCAAUCGAUCCAUAUGUGGAUAACAUCAUGUUUAAGUUACUGGUGUUUGGAGCAAAUUCUUUGGUAAUCGGUCUUCUCGUAGGUAAGUUAAGUGUAAAUCCACUUCGGUUAUUAAUUUACCCUUCAAUAGUAUAAUAUUCAUACCUGGGUAUUGUUACUAAUUAUAGUAAGGUAUGGGGAAUCAAUCUUACCUGGGACAAGCCCAAGAUAGACUGAAUUGAAUUUAGGUAAUCUGGAACCCGACUUACUCACUCAGUCGCCAAUGGCCCUUCGUGUCGGCAAAGUGAAGUGAAUAGGACAAAAUGUACCAGUAUUUCCUAUUCUAUAAACUCAUUUGCAUAUAUUAAUUAUUCUUCGGGGAUGAUAUUUACAAUUCAAAUGAAACGUGAACAGGAGGCCUAAGCAACCACGACGACGAACACAACAACGUCAAAAAAAAAAAUAACCAGAAACGUUGCCUACAUUUGACAAAUUGAGGGGAUCCAAAUAGACGCGACAAAUUUUGAAAGGACAUAAAUUAUUUUUCUUAGCAACGUCGUCUCUGCCGUCGUCGUCGACUAGUCGUCGUUGCUUAAGCCCCCCAAUCACAAGUAGGGCGAUGCCAGCUCAGUGCUUGCUUUUGGUUUUCGGCCAAAAUUUAGUUCACGAUGUAAAUCGGUUAAGCUUCAAUUGCCAUUCUAACUGUAAUUGUUAUAAGUAUUAAUUAAAAGUAUGUAAGUAAGUGCUUAUGUAUGUAAGUAUUGCUCCGUAAGUCAGUCAGUCAGUGAGUAAGUAAUCUACAAGACUUGACAUUAGAGCUAACAUAUUCAUAGAGAAAGUUAAGACAGUACAAUAGAAGACUCCGCCUCAUAAAACGUCAAGUCAACGCGUAUAUGUUUUAAGAAGGUGUUCUUGAAAGAAAGAGGUGACUUCAGACAGUCCUAAAUAUACGUAACUAUGACUAUUGUUUCUUUGCUUUUCAGUAUAUUGUAUUCAUCUAUCGCUUUAUAAAAGAAUGGCUCAAGAAACCCAAAUGGUCUUUCUCUUGCUGUCUGGCCUUGCUGCUGCCUCUGAAUGACCUGCAAGGAGAAGUACGUGGAUUUGCUGAAAGGGAUGUUUUUAAGAACCACAUGCAAACAGGAAAAGUGAACAUGCCGUCAAUUUCAUCCUCUUUCCAAGAUACUGGUGCUAUAAACUUUAGUUUGGGAGAAGAUAAACCCCUGACGGGUGAAAGGAAUUCUGAUUAUGAGGAAACACCUGGAAACAAGAGCGAAAAACAAACCCAGACUGGAGAAAGCGAGAAAGAAUCCAUCUUUACCAAAAUUUCAGUUCAUGAAGUUCCAAAAAUGACAUACGAAACGUCUUUGUAA